ACCCACUAGCCCAUCCACUACCCCGUGCCACGUGGAAGGGUUCCGCACUAAACCACUUACUGCCGUCCAGUCAGUCUCAUUAUUUCUCGGCCGUGAGCCACACGGUGCUUGUGUUGAAUCCAGCCAAGGCUGUGUUUGCAGUUUGCGGCGUUAACUGGGAUGUGGAGAAUUUCUUCGGAGGCACGAAUUCACCCGUCAUCUCUAGCCGCGGUUGGUGAACGUCAGAUGUGAUUUUUACCGAGUUGGUUCGUAAUUUCAAAAGCUGUAAAUGAGAAACCCCAUUAAAACGGACACAGUGGUUAGUGUUUCCGACUCGAUAAAAACCUCUAUCGCGUGUCCUCUAAACAAAAAAACAAAAACGCGUUAGUGCUGUCGACACGCCAAACUCUGUUAUUGAGAUAAUUCGCUGUUUAAAUUCGCUGGACGGACAGAGGAAGGUUUAUCUUGGCUCAUACACAUCCUUGAUUACGUUCAAUUAGAAGCACACGCCACACGUUAGAGGUGGCACGUGGCUCAUUAUCGGUAAAAAAAAAUCAAACAUUAUUUUACAUUUGCUAACAGCACAACAUUCAUAACCACACCGCCGUUAUCCACGUACGCAUUUUGAACUCCGUUCGCGCCGUACGCAGCCAACCGCUCUCAAUCACUGAGAUGGGAAUCCGUGCCGCUGCGACACCGCGUGGAGGGCCCCGUCCGUUCUCCCUGCUGCUGCUGCUGGUGGUGGCAGCGACGGCCCCGCGGCUGCCGUGCCACGCUCAGUUCCCCAGGGACUGCGCCACGGUGGCCGCGAUCCGCUCCCAGGAGUGCUGCCCCCCGCUCUCGCCCGGGGCCAGCCGGGGCUGCGGGGCAGAGGUGGCUCGCGGCUCCUGCCAGGAGGUGACGGCCGACCUGAGGCCCUGGUCGGGGCCGUACACGUUGCGCAACGUGGACGACCGGGAAAGGUGGCCUCUGAAGUUCUUCAACCGAAGCUGCGCGUGCAACGGCAAUUUCUGGGGCCACAACUGCGGGCAGUGCCGGCCGGGCUGGACAGGCACCUCGUGCGAUGCCCGCGCCCCGACCGUGGUUCGUCGCGACGUGCGGAGUCUGUCGCCGAGCGAGAGGGCCACCCUGCUAGGCGCCCUGCAGCUUGCCAAGGAGACGCCGCACCCGGACUACGUGGUGUCCACCAACCACUGGCUCGGCAUCCUGGGGCCCGACGGGAACAGCCCCAUGUUCAGCAACGUGUCGGUCUACGACUACUUCGUGUGGCUGCACUACUACUCCGUGCGGGACACUCUGCUGGGUCCUGGCCGACCCUUUACAGCUAUCGACUUUUCACACCAGGGGCCAUCUUUCAUCACCUGGCAUCGGUACCACCUUCUCCUGCUCGAACGAGACAUACAGAGGCUCACAGGCGAUCCGUCAUUCGCGCUUCCCUUCUGGGACUUUGCGACGGGCAGCGCCGCGUGUGACGUGUGCGUGGACGACCUCUUCGGGGGCCCUGACCCCGCAGAGCCCACUCUGCUGAGCCCUGCGUCCCCCUUCUCACAAUGGAAAAUCGUCUGCAACAGCUUGGACGAAUACAACCUGCGAGUCACCCUGUGCAACGGAUCGGCCGAGGGACCCAUCCGUCGGAACCCGGGGGGCGACAUCUCCCACCCGGGGGCCGGGCGCCUGCCCACGCGCGACGAUGUAGCUCAGUGCCUCGGCGUGGCGCGCUUCGAUGACGAGCCGUUCUCGACCAACUCUAGCCGCAGCUUCAGGAACGCCCUGGAAGGCUACGACCACCCCGACGGGAGCUACGAGCCCGGGGUACUGAGCCUCCACAACCUCGUGCACCGCUUCCUCAACGGCACCGGAGGCGCGUCCUUCUCGUCUGCCAACGACCCCGUGUUCGUGGUCCUCCACACGUUCGUCGACGCCGUCUUCGAUGAAUGGAUGCGGCGGUUCCGUCCGAACGUCACGGAGGCUUGGCCCGAGCAGUUGGCGCCGAUCGGGCACAACCUCUACUACAACAUGGUGCCCUUCUUCCCGCCCGUGCCCAACCAGCUCAUGUUCGUGCCCGCCGAGGAACUGGGCUACGGCUACGACAUUCGGCUGCCCGAGCCCAGUUCUUCCACGCCACUGGUGCUGAGUUCGACCCUGUGCGCGGUGGCUCUGGUUCUGGUCUGCACCAGCAUCCUCGUUCUGCUUCGUCGACGCAGCAACGGAACGUACCGCCCGCUCCUGGCUAACGGGGGUUCCAUCAUGACUUAUACCAACUCCGUGUGAACGCCUGCUCGCUCGCUCACUCGCUCAUCGUCGAAUCUACACUGUUGGUAUCACCCGCAGUUGUGAGGCGCUCCGAUGUUGUUCGUUCUUUCGUGUUGUAACCACCCCGUUGUUCCAUACGAUGUCCGACGUUUUCUUGGAUCACGUAGAAGGGAAAUAAUAAAAUAAUACAAUAAAACGUAAUACAAUUCUCACGACGUUUCGGCCACAACACAAGCAGCCGUCCUCAGGUGAAGAAACAGAGCUGUCGGAAAGACAGCGUCCUAAUGAACACUGCUAAGCGUUGAUUUAAAGCUUUCGUGACUGCAGGGAUUCAUAUACUUGGUUCUUUCGGUAAAGUCACGUAGAAGGGAAACAAUAAAAUAAUACAAAUGGUAUUGUUUUAUAUUUGUAUUAUUUUAUUGUUUCCCUCCUACGUGACUUUACCGAAAGAACCAAGAAUAUACUGCUAAGCUUGGCAGCGUAUUUUAAGCUGGGUGGGAGGAGCAGAGCGCCUUGACAAAGGAGUUUACAUAUAAAUUGAUUUAAAAAACGCUGCCAAGCUUAGCUGUGUUCAUUAGGUCGCUGUCUUUCCGACAGCUCUGUUCUUCACCUGAGGACGUCGUGAGAAUUGUAUUAUGUUUAAUUUUUAUUAUUUUAUGAUUUCCCUUCUACGUGACUUUACCGAAAUCAAGCAUAUGAAUCCCUGCAGUCACGAAAGCUUUAAAUCGAAAGAUGUCUGACGUUUCGCGCCACGUGCUGGGAGCUUCUGCGGAAAGUGCAUUCCAGCGACUGGAGCGAAACGUCUGGCAUACGUUCCGAACAACGCGCAGUGCCAACCGGAUGCACAUCAGAGAGCCGAACAGCACCACCGCGAAAACCCGCACAGAAAUAUUACGCACAAUUAGUAUUAAGAUCUUAAAGACACCUUUGGCAGCUGCAGCAACGUCAUAAUUUCACCAGUUUACAUCAGCAAACAGCAUACAAAAAAACAGCAGCAGUAGCUUCAUUUUAAACCGCAGCAAAUUGUUCAUUAGCAGCAGCCAGCCUCAUCAUUAACAGGAGCAGAAUCAUAAUAAUCUGCAGUAGCAGCGAAAACUAGAAACUGCUUUUUUGUAUUUUACCAGGUAAGGCUCACUAAUUUUAUAAUUGUUUUGCUCCUCCCACUCAGCUUAAAAUACGCUGCCAAGCUUAGCAGUAUAUUCUUGGUUCUUUCGGUCACCGUAGUAACCAAAUAAUAGCUCAACAGAGUGACGUAUCAUUUGGAAUGUAUAGCAGCAAAUUCUCUAAAGGCACGUUGCUUCUAAAUGUUGAGGGAGAAACCGGAGGACCCGGAGAAAAAUCCACGUGACCACGAGGAGAACAUGCAAACUCCAAAUAUACAGAAGGCGUCAGGGUCAGGGUCAAACUCACGACCUCCUGCAUACCAGGCGAGGUAGUCAACAUCUCGCCACCGUGGCACCCAAAAGCAGUCGUUGGCUGUCGCUCGAUUCCAGGAUGAUCUCUAACCGCCAGUGCCGGAUGUAUCCUACGGGCCCCACACUUUCAAGGGCCCCGCGCUAAAUGCUUUCAAGCUAUCAAUUCCGGUUCAGUGAUUCUGCACUCGCUCUAUUACUAUAGUACUAUACCGCCUUCGACAUUUAUGAAUGACUGAUAUUUAAGGUUAGCGAUUCGUCGUAUUAUCCGGCUGUAGAGCAAAUUAAUAAAUAUAAUUACUUUACAAUGCAAGUGAAAAAUGUAUGUGUUUUAAUAUUUACACGUGUGUUUUUUACGUAGGGCCCCUUUAUAACAUAUGCUACAGGCACUGCACUAUCUUAAUCCGGCACUGCUAACCGCAGUGUACAUAUCGGUCCUCAGAUGACUCAGAAGUCAGACGUGGGAAACAGGGUUGGAACAAUAACUCAUCCGUGCUUCUUAACCCCUGUUUGGAUGACGCACGGCGUCCAUUCUCCAGGCCACUGCCUAACUACGGGAUGGUAUUACGAUCAUUGGUGUUGCUUAGAUCCCGAUGUUUCAUCGUCGCAAUUUAACCGUGACAAUUUUUGAUUGUAUGACCAGUGCAAUGCAUGCAAUCAAACUGUCGCGUGUUAAAUAAUUCAUUCGCACGACGGUAAGAGGACGGGAAAAAGGUUUAACCCCCCAAAAAUGUCGUGCUCAUUCUAGAUUUGAAGCUUUCGUGACUGCAAGGAUUAAUAUUCUUGUUUUUUUCGGUAAAGUCACGUAGAUAAUUUUUUUUAAUAAAAAAUUUAAAUUAAUAAAAGUAAAAAUAAAAAUAAAAUAAAAAUUACGACGUUUCGGAGGCAACACAAGCUUCCGUCUUCAGGUGGAACCGCCACAGCACGAUUGCUGUAUCAAGUAAGAGAAAUUCCAAGGAAACAGUCCUUGUAUAUAUAUACUGGUUGAGGGUGGGAGGAGCCAAGGUGGGCUCUGAAUAUUAUUUUUGUGAGGUUCGGUGCGGCUGAAGCACGCUGUUAGGAAUGAGCCUUUGUUGUGUAAACUAGGUGCGGCUGAUGUAAAAGUGCGUGUAAAUGGGACUGAGCCUUUUUUAUUAUUUUACUUUUAUUAAUUUUAAUUUUUUAACUACGUGACUUUACCGAAAAAAACAAGAAUAUGGCGUGCUCAUGCCACCGCAAGUGAAGUCAAAUCCACGAGUGGUUCUCUCUCACGCCAGCGAUGCGACGGGUUGGGAGCGGUGUAGCAAUGCCCGCGUUACGGUCACGGAAAUGUUGGCCUUUGAACGUUGCAGCAAUGGUCACUUGUAGUUUGUAAGAAGAAGGAAAAAAAAACAAGCCUCGCCCCUUGCAUUGCAGAAUACCGUUGUGAACAUUGUGGUAACCUCGUCCGGACGCUGUGUGGGAACGUGGCCACAAUGUCGUAAGGUAAAACCGCGCGCUUAAAUGUAUACAGCCGUGUGAGAGCGAUCGAUUGCGAAAUAAAUAUCGCACGCAACGUAUAACUGAUUUUUUAAAAAUAUCUUUAUAUUUACAAAAGUACCAAUUUUUGGCACAAUUGCGAGCAUACACACCUUUAAGUGAAUACAGCGGUCACGUGACAUGCGCCUAACCGCCAUUAAUGUUAACAGCCAAUGAGGAACGAUAGAGGUUUGUCUCGCUUAACGGGCGUUCGUUAACAUCUUGACAUCGUGGCGCCCUCGAAGCCCCGUGGUUUUGUAUUUCCCUCUCCUUAUACUGCACAGUGUACCCCGUCUCGUUCUACUGGUAGGAACCUCCUGGUUACACCAGCCCACAGGGGAUUAUUGUGUCCGUCCGUCUUGCAGAGA